AUGCCUUGGCAAAGUGGACAGCCUUUGGAGGGGGUGCCCUCUGGAAGAGAGGAUGCCCUGGGGCAUCCUUUGGAGCAGGAUGUCCCUUGGCGAGGAGGACACUCUUCAGAGGAAGAUGCCCUGUGGGGACGAGGAUGCCCUUUGGGGAGGGGGACACCUUGGAGAAGAGGACAGCCUUUAGGGAGGAUGAAGCUCUUCAGAGGAUGCCCUUUGGAGAGGAAGACACCCUUUGGGGAGCUAGGCCUCUUUGUUAGCGCCGCUGCCUCUCGAGGUGCCCUGGCUCUCCGCCGCCCCAGGCGUCUGCCCGGCCGCUCCUGGGGACAGUUACGGGCCGUGGUUGCUCACCUGCCUCCAGGACCUGUGGAAAGAAAAGUGGUCGUGAGUCUUCAGAAAUUAGAUGUGGCUCAGGACAGCCUGGGCAAUUACGGCUUCUUCACUCUGAUUUACAAUCAAGGUUUUGAACUCGUGAUAAACGACUACAAAUGGUUUGCGUUUUUUAAGUACAAAAAGGAAGGCCAGAAUGUAACCAGCUACUGUAAUGAGACUCUACCGGGAUGGGUUCAUGAUGUACUUGGCCACAAUUGGGCUUGUUUCAGCGGACAGAAGAUUUCUUCAUCUCCCUCAGAUGUUCAUAUAAACCAACUGCCUUUCCAGAAGCCCAGGGGAAGACUUUCAAGCAGACGUUACGUACACAAUUUUGACUUCGUAAAUGCUAUCAAUACUCUCCAGAAGUCCUGGAGAGCAACAAGAUACCAGGAAUAUGAGAACCUUGCCCUGGAAGAGCUAACCAGAAGAGCUGGGGGUCUCUAUUCCAGAGUCCCAAGACCAAAGCCUGCACCUGUAACACCUGAAUUACUCAAAAAAGCUUCAAGCUUGCCAGAAUCCUGGGACUGGAGAAAUGUGAAUGGUGUUAACUAUGUCAGUCCUGUUCGGAAUCAAGCCUCAUGUGGCAGCUGCUAUGCGUUUUCUUCAGUGGGCAUGCUGGAAGCAAGAAUACGUAUCCUAACAAACAAUACUCAAAAACCCAUCUUUAGUCCCCAGCAGGUUGUAUCUUGCAGCCAGUAUUCUCAGGGUUGUGAUGGUGGCUUUCCAUACCUCAUUGCUGGAAAGUAUGUCCAAGACUUUGGCAUUGUGGAAGAAGACUGCUUCCCCUACACAGCCGAAGAUUCUCCAUGCACUUUCAAGCACAACUGUUAUCACUACUACACUUCUCAGUAUCACUAUGUUGGUGGUUUCUAUGGAGGUUGCAAUGAAGCCCUGAUGAAACUUGAGCUUGUUCUGGGUGGGCCAAUGGCUGUUGCCUUUGAAGUUUAUAGUGAUUUCAUGCUCUAUAAAGAGGGAAUCUACCAUCACACUGGGCUGCAGGAUGACUUCAACCCUUUUGAACUGACCAAUCAUGCUGUCUUGCUGGUGGGCUAUGGUAAAGAUCCAGAAAGUGGUGAGAAGUUCUGGAUUGUGAAGAACAGCUGGGGCACCUCAUGGGGGGAGGAUGGUUACUUCAGAAUCCGCCGUGGUACUGAUGAAUGCGCAAUUGAGAGCAUUGCGGUGGCUGCAACUCCUAUUCCAAAAUUGUAAAUGCAAAGAUUCUGAUCCAGUGCCUUGUCUGAGAAGCAAACCUCCAGCUGUAAGAACAUUCUGAUUGUUAGAAGAGACUGCAGUUAACAUCUGUCCUUAUCUUAAACAGGGGAGCUUUAUGAAGCCCUCCAGAGGAGGAGCAAUUUCCCUCAGGAUAAAUUGUGUGGACACUGGAUAACUCUGCUCUAUACACUGUAGGUUCCUUUCUGGAGCCUGACAGCAAUCAGCUAGAAUGCAAUUGCCAUUACAGUAACAGUGGUGAUGGCUAUUCAUCGCUGGAUAUAAAUCUUCAGUCACCACUUGAGUUUUUCUUCCAUGGACAACCCUGAAGUUUAGGUCUCUAGAUUAUCAUGACAGUUACUUUUCUCUGUUUUAAAAGGACACUGUAGUGCCUUACUUCUCAGAAAUCAGGAAAUCAUUGCAAUUUAGAGGGUAAGCGUGAAUAGGGAUGAGGGAGAGGGAAUAGGUAAUUAUGCUGAUUAAAAGGAAAAUUUUAAGGCUUCACGUAUUUAGCAAAAGCUCCAUGUCAAGCCCUUACGACCAUAAAAAAUAAUUCUACAUCUUAGGCUGUUACUAGAUAUUUCUGGCUCUGGAUUUUAUUACUGUGCUUUGAAGUUGAUCACUCAAUUCAAUAAAAGUUACCCCACUCCUGUAGGAGUUUGUACCUCUGA